CCCAGCCGUCUCCUCCUCAGGGGGAGAGAGAGGGCAGACAUCCCUCUCCCCCUCCUCCUCCUCCUGCAUCCUUGCUCCCUCCUCUCCUCACGAGCCUGAGGAUGAGUAAUCCAAGCAGGGAGGAAGGGCGAGAGCUGCAGACGGAGUGAGUGAGGGAGGAUACCAGCAUCAUCAUCAGUGAACGUGCAGAGGCAGAGGAUGAAGAUUCAAACCCGUCCUGCAGGUCUCUCACUGCUGAGCGGCGUCCACCCGGGGAUGGCUAAUUCCUGGAGUGGGAGAGAAUCAGCGGAGUGAAUAUUUCUGCAUGCUGGUGGAUUUCACCUGCACUGGCUAGCUCCUGGAGAGUGUGUGCAUUUGUCUGUACGUGACUAAUAUCUGGAAGAGCUGGAGGGAGACGUGUUUUUCUGGAUGGUGCUGGUGUAAUUCCUGGAAGGGAGGCUCAUUGACUUAUGCUUUAAAACUGUGGGAUAAGACUGUUUCCUGAACACUAAGCCCCCGCUCUGUGCUUCCACAUGUGACGUAUCAGAGAUCUGGCUAAUAUCUGGAGUCUUUCAUUGUAACAGUGCCUCACUGCCCUACAUUCACCUCACACACACAAACACACACAGACACACUGCGCCUGGAACCUGGUUAAUCUCUGGACCAGCGUGUCUGGCAUGUUCUGCUUCUGCCUGCAGAGUUCCCUGCAGAAGCUCCAGGCUCUGGAGGUGGAGGGGGGGACAUCGCUGGGGUCAUCCCCCGAGGAGAGCCCCCCUCCUCUGGGCAGCAAGGAGCAGAAGAGCCCCCGUGGUCGGGCCGAGCUCGGAGGGAAGGAGGCGAAGACGCUGGCGCUUUGUCACGGCGUCCCUGCAGACGAGAACAGCCCGCCAGAGCUGCUGACGUUCCUGACCAGACCGCCACAGUCCCCGCGACACCCGCCGUUAACCGCCAUCCACCCCGGCCAGCAGCCCCCGACCCCCGACGUAGUGACGCCGCCGAGCCCCCACCACUCCCCCUACUCUCCUCAGAGGAGCAGCCCCGGAGGUGAAGGUGGACACGGCUCAGAUGGAGGCGGAGCUCUCCUCCAGCUGCUGGCGGGAGGUGCCAGCCCCCUGCCCUCCCCCCGCUGCUCCAGCCCAUGUCAGAGGUUUAACUCGGACCCGGACUCCGCCCCGUCGCCGCCGUGCAGCCAGCAGUACAUCCUGUGUCGGGGCGACAGGACGCAGGACUCGGAGGGCGAGCGUCCCUCGUCCGUGCCCUUCCUCACGAGACACAUCCAGACCCUGAAGAAGAAGGUCCGCAGGUUUGAGGACCAGUUUGAGCAGGAGAUGAACUACAAGCCGUCCCACAACGACAAGUACUCGAACCCGGAGAUGAUCCGAGUGAUGGGCGAACUGGCCAAGGCUCGCAAGCAGCUCAAAGAGCUGAGACUCAGGCAGUCGGUGUUCGAGUCGAAGGAGCAGGAAAGCGCAGACGUCUGCAGGUACGGCGCGGGGCAGCAGGGGGCGUCGGAGCACAAACCGGCUCUGGAGGAAACGGUGGAGUCCCUGUUCAGGCGGCUGAGAGAGAAGAGGCAGGCGCUGGGUCUCCCUGACAACAUGAAGACGUAUGUGGUGCCACCUCUGGACUGUGUGCAGGAGAUGACUCAGGCUCAGAUGGUGCUGGAGAAAAUCACUCUGCAGAAAUGUCUGCUGUACUUCGAGAGUCUGCACGGCCGGCCGGGAACGAAGCAGGAGAAGAACCUGGUGAAGCCUCUGUACGACCGCUACCAGAUGAUCAAACACUUGCUGUGUGCCAGCCCCACCAUCAGCACUAUCGAGGAAGAGGAUGGUUCUGAUGAAGACUGCGUGAGUUCGUUGGCCGUCGAUGAGCUUCCUGUCCCGCCGCCGCGCAGACCGGCCCAACCAGCAGCCGGCGAGGAAGACAGCGACCGGGACAGCGACCCGGCCUUCGUGUCGCCGUUAGACGAGGUGAAAGCCGUCCGGCAGCAAGAUGCUCUCACCACAGCGAACCUGCACGAAGCCUCCAGGUCUCAGCUGCUGGACUGUCUGCGGGAGACCCGGGCCGAGAAGAAGGCGAGGCGGAAGGUCCUGAAGGAGUUCGAGGACGAGUUUUAUCGACAGACCGGAAGAAUCUGCCAGAAAGAGGACCGAACGCCGAUGAAGGAGGAGUACCAGGAGUACAAACAGCUGAAAGCCAAACUGCGCCUGCUGGAAGUCCUCCUCAGCAAACAGGAAGUCGCCAUGUGAGGAAAACCCGAGUUAAACCGAGCCAGCAUCACUUCUCCCAGUCCGGAGGGAAACUCGUGAAACUCGUUUUCCUCACACGUUGAGCUUUUUCAUAUAAACUGAAUGUGCUCGAGUCCAGGUGGAAGCUGUGGCGUUAGUGGAGGAAGCUAAAAAUCACAAAGUGUGUGUUUGUUAACCAUGUGAAACACACUCAGGAAAGCAAUAAGAUCAACAAACAGCAGCUCGGCGCUGAAAGACGGCAGAAACCUCCUGAAACGUGCUCAUUGGACACAAACCAGGAGGGCGGAGUUUAGCCGGCGUCACGAGACAAAACAUCAGCUGUUUAAAGCGACCGCGUUCUUCUGCUUUAUGGUGUUUUGCAGAAACUCCACCUGAAAUAUUUAAUAAUCAAAUGAUUUUAUUGAUAUUAGUGCUGAGCUCAGUGAAUUCAACACGUGUUGAAAUCAAACAAUGGAAAACGACGUCUCUCUGGAGGUGAAAUCUAGUCAAUCUUUCAGCGUGUCGUCGCGCCUGAUUGCACGUCAGAGCUACAAACUGCAUGUUCGUCCAGAGGUGGAGGCUGUACAGGUCGACACCACCAGGAGACCCGGAGUCGCUGCUGAACGCGACUUCUUCAAUCAUUCAUGAUGAGUUUUAGCACUGAAGCUACCAAAACGUGUUCGGGUUAAGUUCACAGAGUUAAACACGCGCGGCCAUUUUUGGUGAGCGCACACUGAAUCUUCUCAUUUCAUUGGUUUCUUUUGUUCUGUCAGUUUCGCUGACAUCUGGUGUGUGUUGCCGUGGAGACGGAGGAAAUGAAGCGUUUGCGUCACUGAAGCGGGACGUUCAGGCGUCACUCGUGCCGGUGCAGAUGUAUUUAAGUCAGAGCGAUUUAUGCUGAAAAAGGACAUUUAAGUUUUUUCAGGUUGCUGUUGUAGCGACGGGUUGCUGCUGGAGUCUGUCGCGGUGCAGGCGCAUGCAGGCGGUGCAGGUGCAAGCAGGCGCAUGCAGGCGGUACAGGCGCGUGCAGGCGGUACAGGCGCGUGCAGGCGCAUGCAGGCGCGUG